AUGGCCCCGGAGGCCGGGAUCGGCGGCGGAAGCAGCAGCACCGAUAACUCUCCCAGGAGGCCGUCUGCCGGGAGGGGCGAGGGCGUGGGCGUGGGCGUGGGCGUGGGCGGCGGCAGCACCGCCGUAGGCGCAGCCGGCAGGGGGGGGAAAGGGAAGGGCAAGGCCAGGCCGAGAUCGGUCGUCGUCGCAAGUAGCACCUCUGCGAGCGCUAGUGCCAACGGCGGCGUCGCCACUUCUGCAGCAGCUGCUGCUACCUCGGGGAACAGCGGCGGUGGUGGUAGCGGCAGGAGCCAUGCCGGCGGCGGAGGGGGGAUUGGUAGGACGGACGGGGGGGGUAUGGGAGAUGGGGAGGAGGGGAGAGAUGGGCAGGCAGGAGCAGCGGCGACUGAGGAUCCGAAGGCUGCCCGCAUAGAGCAACUGCGGGAGCUGACGAAGAACUGCCUGGAGGAGAACAUGUCGGACACGGCCGCCUACUACGCGGACAAGCUAGUGACCUUUUCCAACUUCGAUCGAGAAGCCGUGCUCCUUCUCGCUAAGGCGCAAUUUGCUUGCGGAGCGUACCUCCGCACGGUGCACCUGCUGGCCCAGCACCGCCUGCUGGACUACGCGGACAAUUUCGGCCUCAGGGCGUGCCACUUGGCUGCGAGAAGUCUGAGGGCGGCAGAGAAGACGGAGGAGUCGGUGUCUCUGCUGGAGAAGGUUUUGGGUCACACCGACGACCACGCCGAGGAGGUGAAGGCCAGGGCUAAGGCGGCGAGAUCGGGGGUUGCGGCGGCGGCGGCGGUUCCCGGCGCGAACGGUGCCGGUUCGGGGGCCGUGGCGGCGGAAUGCCCAGCACCGGGAGUGGACGUGCUCGCCGCUCUGUGCUGCCUGAGGGGACAGGCGUACGCUUACCUGGACAACCGGCCGAGGGCGGCCGUUUGGCUCCGGACCGCGCUGGAGAUCGACGCUCGCUGCGUGGAGGCUCUGCAGUGCUUGACACGAUGGCACUUGCUGAGCAUCGACGAGCAGGCUUCGAUGGUGUCCGGCUUGGAGUACGGAGAGGAGCAGCAGGAGAGCUGGCUGCACUUCUUGUUUAAGUCGCAGAUUAAUCGACCCCCGGGCUCCAGGGCAAAGGUGUUCGGGGACUUGGGUCGCGUCGGUCUCGGGGGCAACCUGGACGUGCUAGCCGCCAAGGCAGAGUGCUGCUACGAGCAGAACGAUGCCCAGCAAGCGCUGGAGAUCUGCAGGCAGGUGUUCCGGACCGACCCACACAACUCGGCGUGUCUCCCGGUCUACCUCGCGGCGAUGGUGGAGCUGAAGAUGAAAAGCCAGCUGUUCUACACGGCCCACCAGCUGGUGGAAGCGGGGCCGAAGCAGGCAGUCUCGUGGUUCGCCGUGGCCUGCUACUACCACCUCCUGGACAAAAACGAGCUGGCCCAGCGCUACUUCCUCAAGUCGACUAAGCUGGACGGGAGAUUCGCGCCGGCGUGGAUCGGUUUCGGGAACGCCUUCGCCGCUCAGGAGGAAACCGACCAGGCCGUCAGUGCCUACCGCACGGCGGCGCGCCUGUUCCAGGGCUCUCACCUAGCGCUGCUCUAUAUCGGAAUGGAGUACGUUCGAACCCACAACUUGGCGCUGGCGAGAAACUUCUUGAUGGGGGCGUUGGCGCUGUCUCCGUCCGACCCGCUCGUGCUGAACGAGGUUUUGAUCGGUAAGCUCGGAGUGGUGCACUUCGCGUCGGGGGAGUACACGCAGGCCAGGGAACGGUUCGGGAAGGUUCUGAGCAUCGUCGAGGGGCUAUCCUCUCAGGCUCUUGAGGCGUGGGAGAGCACGGUGUUCAACCUUGGCCACUGCCACCGAAAGCUGGGCAGCCUGGACGAUGCCGCGAGCUGCUAUCUCAGGGCGAGAGAGCUAUCGCCCCAGCGGCACUCGGUGCACUCCGCCCUGGCUCUUACCCACCACCUUCAGGGACGGCACGACGACGCCAUCGCCGGUUACCACAAGGCCUUGGGGCUCAAGCCUGACGACCCCUUCGCCGCAGAAAUGCUCAAGAGAGCUCUACAGGAAUCCUUCUCCGCGAACGAGCCGUGCGCGGGCCUGGAAGAGCUCUUCUCCAAGACUAGCCUCGACACCAACGGCAACAUCGUCAACGACAACAGCAGCAGCGGUCGUGGUCGGCAUCAACAGUCUCGAGGCGGCGGUGUUUUACGCGGGGACGACGGGGCUCAGUUCACCCCGGGUUUGUCGCCGCGAUCGGGCCGCAACGACGACCGGGACAGCAGCAGCAGCGUGGGGACCCCGUACGGCGGUAGCGGCAGGGGGGGCGGGGGGGGGGACCGGUCGUUCAGCUUCGGCGCGGAGACCCCCCGCACCCCUCGAGAUAGCGGUGCCGCCGCUGCCGCCGCCGCCGCUGCCCAGAGCCCGCUGCUGGCAGAGAGCAGCAGCUCGAGGAUGAUGAUGGGGGGUUGGCGGCUGGACGGGGAGGAGAGCGGGGGGGGGGGGGGCCCUUUUUUUGCCCCCCCCAGGGGGGGGGGGGCCGGGGUUCUGGUGGGGGGGGGGAUUUAA